AUUACUUACCACCAACUGGGACGCUCAUCGCCCACUGCAGCUGCCUGGCACUGACUUGGUGUUAUGUUCUUUCAAGUACUGUUGCCUCUCGCGUCAAGUGCAGGUUGAUUUUGCGUUGAUAUGAAACGAGCUGCUCCAUCGAUCGAGCCUGCGGACAGACCAUAUAUUCAGCAGCCGGUUUCGUGUCGAUUCUGCCGCUCGCGCAAACUGAAAUGCGACAGAGGCCGUCCUUCAUGCUUCAACUGCCACUCGCGUAACCGUGAGUGCAUUUACGAAGCAGACCGAAGAGAACCGUCCACCCUUGCAGCUCAGACUUUGGCUUCAUUGCCCCAACCGGGUGAUAAUAACCCAAGUACAAAUGGUAACAAUGUUGAUCUCGCUCGGCGGGUGGAGCGGUUGGAGCGAGCAGUGUUCACCACGCACACCUUGAACAGCUCUUAUGGGAAAGCAACCAGUCGACCGAAAACCCCCAGGUCGCGGCUGGCUAGUCACGACGAGGAGCAACUGAAAACUUCUCGAUGGCUCGAGGGGCUCUUGACUGCUGAUACGUCUGGAGGGAGCCCAGCCCUUUCGCCAGUCAGAUCGGAAGUAUCAACCAUACUGCAGGAGUUCCCAUCCUACAAUGAUGCAAUGGCACUGCUUUACCACUACAUCCAGACGGUCGAUGCAACGUAUCGAAUGCUGCACCAUCCUACUGCAUGGCAUCUACUGCGAGUGCUAUACGAUGACCUAGAAGCAAACCGCCUUCCUUCAGCCACGCAGGUUUCCUUCUUCCUGUGCAUCUUCGCUGGGAGCGCGUAUGUCUCGAGGAAAAAGCUCAACUUCGAAUCACCUUCCCUACAGGGCCAUUCGCAAGUUACUCUCGCCGAAUUGUGGGUACGACGAGCCGUGUCGCUGCUGACCGAGCCGCCUGCUCCUCCAUCGGUGGAAGCAUUGCAAACAAGUGUAGGCCUGAUGCAUUUGUGCACUCAAAUCGAAGGCCUCCGCGGCAGUUUCGGAGCUCUGGCCAUGCUUAGCUUACAAAUGGCAAGAGCCAUGAACAUACACCGUCUGGAUACACAACCUAACCGCGAGCAUCGUCGCAAGAACGGGGCUGAUAUGGUCGAACUAGAAACAAAGAGGCGAAUCUGGUGGCAUAUGGUCGCAUCUGAUUGGCUUCUUUCGUUCGUCGGCGGUCCAAACGAGGGGACAUACAUGCUCCAUCCUCGACAAAUGGAAACGUUUCGCCCAAGCAAUGUCCAAGACCUCGAUAUACCCCAAGACGUGGCACAUGUCACCGAAGAGUCCUACAGUUCACCCAUCGAUAGUCCCACCUCUAUGAGUUACUUCCUUCAUCGAAUUGAAUCGGCAACAUUGGUCCGUGAGGUUGUUGACUGCCUGCCUCCUUCAUAUUUUGCCUCCCCAGGGAAAGAGAGCUCUGACGAGAUCUAUGACAACAUAUUGAGCCUGGAUCGCAAAUACCAACAACACAUUGAAUCUCUACCUCCAUUUUUCCAGCUUACCAUCAAGGAGACGGCCUCUUACCAAGCGCUUCUGAGAGCACAGCCGUAUCUAGAAUGGCAGCGUUAUUUGAUCAAUCUUUUGCUCCAUACGCAAUUGGCACGGCUUCACCGACCGUUCUUGAUACGAGGUUCCCGAGAAGCCAAGUACGAACACUCGCGCCUUCAAUGCAUCCGCUCCGCCGAGACCGUGAUUGAGAUACGAAACCGAGCCAUGAGCGACCAGAGUCCUGGGUCAUUCACCUACGUGCUGCAGCAUUUUCUGACCGCUGCCAUCAUCUUGGCCAUGGAUGUCUGCUUCAAUCCGGACCGGGAUCAGGCACCGCGCCGUAAGCAGCAAGUGAUGCGCGCUUGUCGGGCCAUGGAAGAAGAACUGAACGCCAAGGUUGUCCCAUCGAGCGGACCGGGGGCUGAGGACAUAUCUAGCGGCCAACUUAUGCUUCGCUCUUUCCAGAACGCUGUGCGAAAUCUACGUGACACACUCAGGAAGCAUAUGCCGCGUGAAGAAGAGCCUGAUGGCGCUUCAUCCUCGUCCGUUAGAGACGCCUUGCCCUUGACACAUAACUUCAGUCGAUUUGUGAUCCAUAGAGACCCGGCCGAGCAGGUGUUUGGCACAGCUGAUAUCUACAGGCCUCAGCCUCGUGAGGACGAAGACAGCAGGAACAUGCAGAGCAUGGCUUCGCAGGUGACACAUGAGCAGUCAGAGCAGAUGCAAAAUCUGCCUGCCAGAAAUGAUGACAUUACGAGAGCGGAUGAGGCGAGUGAGCCGUUCUUGGUGGACGAGCUCUGGGAUGACUUCUUCACCGUUGGGUCUACCUUGAACGAAACGGACUGGGAUGCAUUCUUUUCUGAUGUAGGAGCUAACAUGGGAUGAACUGAGCCACCGCCUUUAACCUUAUGCAAGCUGGGGAGAUCUGCGCUUUCCUAAGGCUAAUUCGUGCAGCGUAUAUACCCAAAAACACAGAUCGAUUUCUCUUUAUCCAUCUAUCUCGGCGCUGUGACUGCCAAAGUCCACGGCCAUCAUAUUAUCAAGGCAACACCCUUUAUUCUGAAGUUGGGAACGAGUUACCGAGGCAUAUGGGCGUUGAGGUUCUCCCACGCAUGGCUAAUGUUGAGGUCACCGC